GUAUACUUUCACUGGAAUUUAUACUUUUGAAUGUCUAAUCAAGAUUCUGGCGAGAGGGUUCUGUUUGAAUGAGUUCACUUUCCUCCGCGACCCAUGGAACUGGCUGGAUUUCAGUGUCAUCGUGAUGGCGUAUAUAGGAGAGUUUAUUGAACUGGGAAAUGUCUCUGUUCUUCGGAUGUUCCGAGUGUUGAGGGCUUUGAAAACCAUUUCCAUUGUCCCAGGCCUGAAGGUCAUUGUUGGAGCUUUGAUCCAGUCGGUGAAGAAACUCACAGACGUGAUGAUCUUGACUGUUUUCUGCUUGAGCGUCUUCGCCCUCAUUGGCCUCCAACUCUUCAAGGGACAUCUGAAACAGAAAUGUGUCAGGAACUAUACGGAAUUUAUCAAUCAGAGCAUAAGUAACAUUUCUUAUGAGAUUUUCAUCAACUCUAAAGAAAAUUACCAAUUGAAAAAUGGCACUGAAGACUUUUUGCUGUGUCGCAAUGGUUCAGAUGGAGGGUCCUGCCCACCACAAUACGUGUGCCUGAAAGUCGGAGAUAAUCCUGAUUUUGGCUUCACCAGCUUUGAUACUUUUGGUUGGGCUUUCCUCUCCUUGUUUCGCCUCAUGACGCAAGAUUACUGGGAACGCCUCUACCAACAGACACUAAGAGUAUCUGGGAAGAUCUACAUGCUGUUUUUCGUGCUGGUCAUUUUUCUGGGCUCGUUUUAUCUGGUCAAUCUAAUCCUAGCUGUGGUCACCAUGGCUUAUGAAGAACAGAGCAAGGCCACUAUUGCUGAAACAGAGGCCAAAGAGAGAAAAUUUCGAGAAACCAUGGAAAUGCUAAAAAAAGAACAAGAGGAAUUAAAUGCCAAAGAAAAUGACAGCAUGUCUCUUAGCUCCUUUGAAGUGUCUCCAGCAUCCAAGGAAGACAAAGAACGAAGCAACCGAAGGAAGAAACUGUCCUUAGGAAUGGAAGAUUCGGGGCCAGCAUCAAAUGACAGCCAUCGGAAAACAAUCUUCAGCUAUGGUUGUGGGCCUUCUUCAAACCCAUCAAAGCGGAGGCCAAGUCACGGGAGUAUCUUCAGUUUCCACCUAUCAGGGAAAGAGACUGGAUCCAAGGCUGAAUUUGGGGAUGAUGAAUCCAACAGUGUUGGGGAGAUGGAGCUCCAACGUGGCUGUGCUUUGCCUACACGUAUAGUAAGGCGUCCAAGCAUCCAAAGUCAACCCAGCUAUGGAUCACAUCCGGCUACUCCUAACUACAUGCAGUCCAAUAGAUGGAAUGCUGGAGAUGAUUGCAACGGGAUGAUCUCCAUGGUGGGACCUGGUGGAAUGAGGUCUUUGAACAUGGAAUCUCUUUCAGGAGAAGGCAUGUUGCUUCCCCCUGUGAUGGAAAAUCCUAGAAUGAGCAGCCAA